AUGCCAAAACUUAAUCAAAUCUUGUGGUUAUUGGUCUCUUUUACUUUGUUAUUGAAAGGUAUCAGAGCUGAAGGACUCCAAGUGUAUAUCAAACCCGGUCCACAUAAUUGCGUGGAAGGCGUAAACGAUGCUAUAAGUAUGGUGACCUUUGGUGAUAUCUCUCCUGACGCAACAUACUACGGUGGAAUGUGUACCUCGCCUUUGAGGCUCACAUCGCUGGCUCUCUCAACUAUGAAGUAUUGUCAAAGCAAAGAAUUUCAAGAUAGAGGGUGGGAAAGAAUCAACGGCUAUUGUACAAAAUAUGGUGAUACAACUUUACCUUCCUGGGACGAUAUUCUAUCAGUCGUCAAUCAAAGUAAUAUAAUUGAGGAUGUAAACGUUGUCGACCCCGCCAUAAUAGGAACCGUGUAUAAUAGUACCAUUAUCUUGAGUCAAGAAGCUUUUGAUGCUGGUUACAAAACUGAAAUAGAUUGGCAGCAUGAGAUGAUCUACCAUCAUGCUUUUGGUUGGUGUAUGUAUAUCCUAGUGGGACUUGCUGUUCUUGUAGGGGCAUUUAAUCGAUGUUUCGCGGUAUUCGUUCAGCGUUAUGCUAUCCCAUCAUACACUGCAGAAGCUGUUUCGCCUUCUUCGAAAGGGUUCAAGGGGAGAUGGUAUACUUUAUGGAGAAAACACGUUGAAAUUCCAGCUUUAUUCGGUUAUAAACAUUCUCAAGCCUGUGCAUGGGGAUGGUUGAGCGUUCCGACAAGGAUUCAGGGUUUGUUUAUCUUCGUGUAUGUGGCAUUGAAUAUCGUUUUCACUUCUGUUGGAUAUACUUCCUUCUACGAGAGCGUUUACUGGUAUGGGCACAGAGAUACUCAGUUGAUCAGAUAUUUGUCAGAUCGAACUGGUAUCAUGUGUUUUUAUAACCUACCUUUACUUUGGUGUCUAGCAGGAAGGAAUGACAUUAUUUUAUGGAUGACUGGGUGGUCAUAUUCCACACUCAAUCUGUUUCAUAGAUGGGUAGCUAGGAUUGCUGUUUUACAAGCCAUUGUUCAUUCGGCCGGUUAUACGUAUCUGGAGAGGGAUAUUCUGGCGGAGGAAUUCGCACAAAGGUAUUGGUGGACUGGUGUGAUCGCUACGAUUGUUAUGAGUUUAUUAGUCCCUUUAAGUGUCAGACCGAUUCGGGAACGGUUUUACGAAAUUUUCUUGAUUAUUCACAUCACCUUUGCUUUGAUCACUUUGGUCACACUGUGGUAUCACGUUGAGGUUUUCGAUGGUGAAUACUAUCCAUGGAUUUACGCUUGUAUCGCAGUCUGGUGUCUGGAUCGUUUUAUCAGAAUAGUUCGAGUUCUCAUCUUGACCUACAAGGCAUUAUCGAAAACAGGUAAAAAUACAAUUGCAACUAUCUCAGGCAAUGCUGGUACUGCGGUAAAUCAACUUGGAAGAGGGUUAAUUCGAUUAUCGAUCACAACAUCAACCAAGAUUAAUCCUCAACCGGGACAAUAUUAUUUCAUAUAUACACCCUUUUCAAUGAAACCAUGGGAGAACCAUCCAUUCACUUUGGCUUCAUGGCGUCAAAAUCAAAAUGAAACUACACUGGAUUUCUUGAUUGCACCUUUGUCAGGUGCCACUAAAAGAUGGCAAAAGAAAGUGCUAUUACAAUCAACACAAGUUCAACAAAAUGGUGUAAGUUCAGGCGAAAAACAAAUUGAACUUCGGUUAUUAUUGGAGGGACCAUAUGGACAUACAAAUCCAAUUCAAAAUUAUGACAAAGUGUUGUUGAUAUCUGGUGGAAGUGGUAUUACUUCGUCGUUACCUUAUUUACAUAAAUUGAAAAUGAUUGGAAUCGAAUUACCUGAACCUACCGUUAAACUGAUAACCCUAAUUUGGAUAAUCAAGAAAAAAGAAUACACAUCAGAUGUGUUGUCUUUUGAAUUGAAAGAAUAUAUAGAGUAUGGUUCUGUUGGUGGAAUCCCUUUUCAAUUAGAAUUAUACGUUACUAGAGAUAAUGAAAACGAGAAAUCAGAGGACAAACUUCAGGAUGAUCAUCAAGUCAUGAACGGUCUUGGAUAUGACGAAACUCAAGGUUCUCCUUCUUCGCUAGGAAGUGGAGAUUCUCCUGAAACGACUCGAGAUUCAAUGAUGGAGAAGCUCAAGUGCGAAUUGGAGACUGAAAAAUCUUCUCAAUCAAGUUCGACAGAUCUCACCGCGAAUAUCCACAAAAAAUCUAGCAAUUCCAAUGUUCUUACAGUCCAUUCUGGUAGACCCCAAAUCAGGGAUUUGAUCGAUGAUUCAGUCGAGAGACUGAUCGGAGGUGAGAGAUUAGCAAUCUCAGCUUGUGGUCCGUACAAAAUGAUGGAUGAUGCGAGAGCAACUGUUUGUGACAUAUAUGGAAAUGCAGAAGGACAAGUAAAAGGUGGACGUAUUGAAUAUUUCGAAGAAUUGUUCGCUUGGUAA